GGACUGGAGAAAACUGCAAUUUCUAACAAUAAUAAUAAUAGUAAUAAUAAUGAGAACUAUGAUUCUACUAAAACCUCCAACGUGCCACCUCCGCAUGUAAAUAAUGUUAAUCCCAUAUACCUGAAUAAACCACCAAGUCCACGUCUUCCAACAAACUUGUCCUCAUCUCCUCAUUCAUUACACACACAGUCAUCAACUUAUUAUUGGACAGGAAAUCCCACUGGUCCAACAUUCUCCUCUUCCACCAAUCAGAAUUUAAAUGUCUCUCAAGGAUCAGCUUAUCCGCAUUCAACAUCAUCAUCAAUGGCAACAACACCGACGCUGAUAAAUAAUGGUAGCAACAAUAGUGUCAAUCCUACAAAUUCUUCAUUUGCUGCGAAACCUCCUGGAUAUAAUUCCGUGUCAUCAACACGUUUAUUGACUGAGAAUGGGAAUAGAGGGAGUGUUUCUGUUAAAAAGCCUAUCUCACAGAAACCAUCAAAUCAUGUGUCUUUCAAUCUACACAAUGCACAAG